AUGAGAGAUGCCAACAUGGACGCCUGUUUAGAGCAGCUCCAUGCCCAGACGGCGUCAGCGGUGGCGUUACUUCAGCAGUACACGGAGUGGGAGGAGGGGGACAGGGUGUUAGAUGUGGGGUGUGGCUGCGGGGAGGUCACCAAGUACAUCGGCCAACAGCCAACCGUGGCGUCCGUUCUAGGGAUUGACUUGUCGCCCCAGCUCAUCAAUUACGCAGAGACGACCAACCCGUCACCCAAGGUGUCCUACAGUGUUGCAGAUAUCACUGAUUCGUCUACUAUAAAACCAAAAUGGCGAAACUACUUCUCCAAAGCCGUUUCUUUCUCAGUCAUGCAUUGGAUUUGCGACAAGAGUAGAGCUUUGAACAACAUAUUUUCCUGUCUAAAACCUAACGGAUGCUUUCUUUUCAACUGUUUCUCGGAUUCUUCAUCCAUUGUCAAGACCAUAAGAGCCGUAGAGAGCGACUCGAGAUGGCGAAAUCUCGUGAAAUCUCGCGAAUUCACGUACACGAUAUACCCGUGGCUUGAAAACGAUGUGGCCGGUUUCAGACGAUUUAUAGAAGAAUGCGGGUUCGACGUGGAAAUUUGUCGUUCACGUCGCCAGAAAGUCCACAUUCCUCGUGAGGAAACAUUCAGAGUGUCUGUCCGUCCGUUUAUGCCACAUUUUGACUUCAUACCGACUGAGUUUCACGAAGAUGUGUGGAAAACUGCGUGGCAAGCGGUGGAGGCUUGUGGCAGGGAUGGAGGAAAAGUUUGGGUGACCAACUGUUUUGAAGUUCGCGCGCGGAAACGGCAAUUCACUGGUAAACUGGUAAAAUGA